UUCUCUAAAUUGUAGGAGUCGUGUUACAUUCCAGUGUGUGUGUCUGUCCCUGACUCAUGGAGCAAGUCUUGUGUACAAUCUGUUACUAUAGCACCUGUUAUAGUGGAGCCUUCCCAGCCCUACCUGCCCAGCCAGGCUCAGUAUCCGUAUACACAACUUACUGGAAUCACUCCACUUUAUCUUUUAACUCUGGGCUUUGUCCUGCUCACCAUGUCUCAGGGUUGGCCCGCACACAAUGCUUGGUACAGUCUUCCCACACAGGACUUCAACUACAGCGGCGGACAUGUAAUCCCUUCCAUGGUUCCACAGCAACCGACAAUAAUCCAGCAGCUUCCUUUCAGCCCUCCGCUGUCUCACCCUAUCAGACAAGGCCGUGCAAAAGAAGAUUUAAUUGAGCUGAUGAUGAUCCAGAACGCUCAGAUGCAUCAGGUUAUAAUGAGCAACAUGACCAUGUCUGCGCUGUCAAGCUUUGGCUAUGGGCAAGCCGAGAAGCCCCCCACGCCCAGUGUGAUACCAGUACAAAUGGAGGAGGAGGAGGAGGAGCCAGUUGUUUAUCACCAUUAUGAACCAUACCCACCAGUGUACCCAUAUUACCCAGCAUACCCUGCCUGGCAAGAACAGAGACCACCACCUCAUCGUGAACCCACCGUCAGGCACAUAGAUAUACAGCCUCACACGCCAACUCAUGCCGGAGACCAACGGGCUGUACCACCACCACCCCCUCUCAGCGCUACCGGAACUGUAGGUGCGGAUGUCCCACCAGCCUCAGAAUAUUAUGACUUGGCGGAAGGCAGAUUGUAGCGGAACCAUGUGCCUCCUUGAUGGUCAGAUAGGAAAUGUUUCCACCUUUGCACCAGGAUAUGGCACCAGUAUUCACACUCACCUAUACUCAAUGGACUUAUCACAUCCUACUGCAAAAACCCGAAGGGGGUGUCUUGGAACCUCCAUAAUCAAAAUCACUUCAAGCAAUUAAAACUGUACCCGGCACAUUCACAAUUGAUUUCAUUAUUCGCCAAUGCAAAUAAUGUAAUGUAUAUAUUUAAUAUUUACUUGUCCUUUCUCCUAUGGUCAUUUAAUGUAUAUUUGCUUUAUGUUUGACCCAUCCUUGCCUCGUUGUGAACCUGUCCAACAUGAAAAGUUGUGGUUCAUAAUGGGUCCAAUACGCAGAACUUUGCUGCAAAAAGUCAAGUGCUUUAUUGUGUCACGACAUGUUUCGAGCAGAGCUUUUUUUCAAGCGUUGUAAACCUGUGUCUUCAACAAGAGCUGUAUUUUAUUGACGGAUACAUUAGGGAGAGAACUGGUUCAGUGCAGACGGUCGCUUCCUUCAUGGGGAUUUGUUAAAUAAGAAUGACUGAAACCAUUUCUGUUUAUUUCUCGGUCUUGUUUUAGGUUGUGUGAAGCCACGUAACUAUGGCAAAUUCCCUUUGUGUGGUUUAUGUCCCCUGAAGAGAGUCUCAAACAAUAAACUGUCUAUAUGUA